CACCAACUAACCGGUCCAAUAAUUGUAGUCCAUAUCCAAUUUGAUCUCCAAUGGAUUCUAAGACGGAAAGGAAGGUUUCGAAGAAGAAAAGGGGCUCCGCUAAGAAGACCGGAAAGUCUGGUGCUGCCCCAGGACCGAAAUCGACCACAUCUGCUACAAAUGCUACUCCCAACCCAACCACUCAUACCACUGCUGUAGCUCAACCAACACGUUCCCUGUACUCUUUAGCCAAUAUAUGGAUCGUUUCCCUUUCAUUGAAGGCUCUUCUAUUUUUUGCAUACCAUUCCACAGACUUCGAUGUCCAUAGAAAUUGGCUAGCAAUCACGUACCAUCUACCAAUCUCACGCUGGUACGUUGAAGAUACCUCCCAAUGGACCCUUGAUUAUCCACCAUUCUUUGCCUACUUCGAAUGGGUAUUAUCCCAUCUUGUCCCCCAAAUUGUCAAGGAUGAUGGUUGCUUGGACAUCGUCGAGAAGGGUGCUUAUGGGUUACCAACUGUCUUAUUCCAACGUUUGACAGUGAUAGUCAGUGAAGUUGUACUCUUUGCCUCAUUACAAUGGUACGUCAAUACUUCUCAAGACUCUCUCUCUGCGAAAAACCGUGCGUUUGUGGUGGCCUCGAGUCUUAUUCUCUCACCUGGCUUACUUAUUAUCGAUCAUAUUCAUUUCCAAUACAAUGGCAUGAUGUAUGGAUUUUUCAUUUUCAUGAUUACAAGUGCUCGUUUGAAACGUUAUCUUCUUGUGGGGUUCUGGUUCUCCCUUUUACUUUGCUUCAAACAUAUUUAUCUCUAUGUCGCCCCGGCAGUGUUCAUAUUUCUCUUAAGAGCUUACUGUCUUGAUCUUCAAUUUGAUAAACAGAAAUCAUUUUUAAAUAAUUUGAUUAAUCUUGUCAGAUGGACGGAAUUGUUCAAACUUUCUUCGGUGGUCAUUACCGUGUUUACGGUUGCAUUUGGUCCCUUUGUUUACCAUGGCUCGAUGUCAAACUUACUUUCAAGAUUAUUCCCCUUUAGUAGAGGUUUAACCCAUGCUUAUUGGGCCCCCAAUAUCUGGGCGAUUUAUUCCUUUUUCGAUCGUUUAUUCAUCUACGUCUAUAAACAAGUCCCAUUAUCAAGACUGCUUUUGGUUAAAGUAUUCCAAUUUGAUCCAAUGGUAUUGGAAGUUGCUGAAUUAGUCAAUUCUUCCACUAGAGGGCUUGUGGGGGAUAUCGAACUUGUCAUUUUACCAACCAUAACCCCGCAAUUGACGUUUUUACUCACUCUUUUCUAUCAAAUUAUGGCCCUUGUACCCUUGUUUCUCCAACCAACGUAUCAUAGAUUCAUUGGUGCAAUCACCUUGUGUGCCUAUGAUUCUUUCUUAUUUGGAUGGCAUGUACAUGAAAAGGCGAUCUUAUUGGUCAUUUUCCCCAUGACUCUUUUGGUCACUACCGAUAAAAGACUCUUGGGUCCAUUCAAUCUCCUUGUAAGUUGUGGAUAUACAUCACUUUUCCCCCUCAUCUACACUUCAGCUGAAUGGCCCGUGAAAGUUGUCUACACUCUACUUUGGUACAUAAUCUACUAUUUCAAUUUCGGGAAAAUUGUCAAGAUCCCCAAGCAAACAGGCGAUCUUGGAGGAAUCAUCUUGGACCGGGUCACAAAUGGUUACAUUCUUGGACUCUGUCCAAUCUUCACAAUUGUCACCAUCAUCGAUAUCUUUGAACACCAUUUCGAAGUCUUGCGGAAAUUGGAGUUCAUGAAGUUGAUGAUCGUCAGUGUCUAUUGCGGGGUCGGGGUGGUCAGUAGUUGGAAUGGCUUGAAUUGGUUAUACUUUGUACAUGAGUCCAUCUGGAAUGACAUCGAAGAUUGAAUACCAAAAAAAUUAAAAAAAAGAAAGAAUUAAAAAGUAACAUAUUAAUAAAAGCCGAGGUACAUGUAUAAAAGCCGGAAAUUACCAAUA